AUGGAGCGCUGUCUGUGCAUCAAAGCACCCCUACACGUACGCAGAAUUCUCACCCCGAAACGGACGGCCAUUAGCCUUGCUGCUAUAUUCUUUCUUCUGCUACUGACCAUGCUUCCAAUUUUUGUCUUCACCGACCUGGGUCCUAUCUCGGACCCCCGGACGAACAAGACUCUCAUCGGAAUAGUUCUCAACGACUACGAAGAUGCCUGGAAACCCGUCUUUCUGGUCUCAGGUUUUGCAGUGACGACAGGGUCUUUUCUCAGCGUCUUCAUCUUCUCAGCCAUCCUGGUCCACGCACUGAUUCAGCGGCGCCAGAAGUGGAAGGGUUCUAAAAAUAGAAGCACGUCCCAAACACGCCCAGGAAGCAAGACAGCGACACCAAACAAGGACGUCCAAGUGGCCAAAAUGAUCUUGCUGGUGGCCGCAGUUUUCCUCCUCUGUUACUUCCCACUUUGCUCCUUGCUCCUCUCCAUGGAGUUCGUGCCCAAGUUCUACAUGGGGAAGGCUUACAACAACUUAUACCUCGUCUGUAUGGCUUUCACCCAGAACCUGCAAAGCGUCAACGGCUCUGUUAACAUUCUGCUCUACAUCAAAAUGAGUUCAAAGUACAGGCGUACCAUCGGGGCUUUGUUUCUUUCCCAGAAGCAAACGGAGCCCAACCUUGAUUAA